AGUAGCAUUUUGUGUACAGUUAGCAAAAGGGCAUGUUUGCUAUGACGGCAUUAAAGUUAGAUAUUGGCGGGCUUUGCUAUGUUUUUCGUAACGUUUGUAAUAGUUUUUCGUGCUCAAAUCCUUCGGUUACAAAAACAGAUCAAAUAAACAGUCAUGUAUUAAGUGGGUAAUUAACUAGCGGUUAGCCUGCUAUCUGCAGCUGCGUGUCUCAGUUGACUGAAAUGUCUUAUAGACGGGCACUGGUGGAUUGUGCGGUGUUGUCUCUGCAAGAUCCCUGUGUGUUUUAUCCGUGUUGCAGAUGCUGUUUCUCCAGGAUUGAUGUUGACCAGCAGGACACUACGAGAUGCAGAUGCUUCAAGUGUGGUUACAAGUGCCUGAGAGAACAGGUGGAUUACAGGUACCGUCUCUCACUGAGGGUGGCCCGGGACGGACGUAUAUUCGGGAUAACAGUAUUUGGAAACAGCUUGAAACCAUUCUUUGGCAUUCAUGCAAAUGAAUUACAAAGAUUGGUGGAAAACUUGGACAGACCCGUGGAACAAUCUAGAAGACUCACAUUGCUGGUGAAGGCAGUCGAGGACUGUUUCAUUGGCAGACAUUUCAUUUUUGGUAUAAAGGUGAUGGAAGCAGAAAGUGCGCUUUGGUUUGGAGGACCUGUUCUAAGUGGCUCCAGCAGUAAAAAUGCAGCACAGUUUGUUGCUACUCAGAUGAUUCUUCCCAAAGCAACGGGAAUGGGAGGAUGCACCGUGGUCAGUUAUUAUCGGGUUCUUCUUCAGAAAGCUUCUGAAUCUGAACUUGUAUCUGCUGAUACCAGCAGAAUCUCCAGUCUUCCAGCAACAACCCCGCUCCUCAUUCAUGAUCAUUCUCCAACUAGCAGCUUUAGUGAUGCCACACUAUCUGCCUCUCAUCUUUUGCCCCGAUCACUUCAAAGAUCACGUUACAUAGACUGCACCCUUACUCCCACAGCUCCAUGGCAGCAAUCACUUGGACUGGUUACAUCAUCAGCAGAGCAGGAAGAAGGCUGCAGUACCCAGGAAUGUGGAGAUGAAAACAGAAGUCAGGCUGACAAAAGUGUAACACCAUAUCUUGCACAGAGGGGUUGCCAGGAAAACCAAAAAGUGGAAAAGGACUUGGCUCCUUUUUUCUUAUUGCAGCACAGUUUUUAUGAGAGUCCAUCAUCUGAGAAGGGAGCUGGAAACAGCCUUAGCCUAAAGACUUGGUUAAGGCCGUCCCAGUAUUGUCAGAAUAGCCCCAAAGAAAAGGAGUUUUCUACUGGACAGCUCACCAGAACAUUUUCAUCAAGCUCAUUGGCUUGGAACGAUUUGCCUUUCUCUGAAAGUCUGACAGAGUUUUUAUGUGAAGCCAAUAAAGAUUUUGACACUGAUAGAGAUACGAAACAAGUUCAGAAUGUUCACUGGAAGGAAGUAAAGGCAAGAAAUAACCUGGGAAACAGCAGCUUAAUAAGUGAAACAUCUUCCCAAAGAAAUGCACAAAUAACAGACAGGCAUUUGCAAGCAUUGUUGGAUGCCACUAAUACCCCUGCAACAAAUGGAUGUGGCUCACAAGAUUCAGCCAGCAAAGAAUGUAAGAACCCUCUUCUGUUUGUCAAAAGGAGUCAAGAUAGAAACAUUUAUUCCCAUGGGUGUUAUCAGGUGGAUGGCACAGCUAGUUCACUGUCUUUUCAAAAGGAGGAAGAAGAGCAGCUUGAGGGGGAUGCCUACAACUGUUCAGCAGAUCUGUUUGGUAGCUCAGACACGAUCAAUCUUGAAACGGAGAGGCUCACCAUGCAUGCAGAAGCCGUCGGUGAUGGCAUGGAAGCUUGCUCACAGUUUUCCAAGGCAGAUGAGCAUCAUCUGAUUUAUGAAAAUGCGAAUGUGACACAAUCAACACCAGAUAAAGGGAAAUUUAAAAAAAGUAAAUGCAGGGAGAGUUUGAUUCCACAAGACACAAAAGGAUUUGACUUUGUCCCUCCCUCUCAGUCCACACCCAUUGUAAAACUAGGCGUCGUAUCAUACUCAUGUGUUGACUUGUACAAAAGCGUGACAGGUGAAUUCAGUUCCCAGCCUGUCAAUCAAAAAAGUUUUAAUGCAAAUUUACAUGAAAUGGAGAGUAAAAACAAUUCUGUUCAUAAACUGAACUGUGGUAAUGCUGACCAGGCUUUGCAGAGUGAGAUGGAAUCUGUCAAAGAAAACUUUGUGUGGAGAACUACAUCCAGCAGACACAGCCACAAACUUACCCCCAAAAGAAAAUUCUUGAAACCAGUCGAGCAUAAAAACAGUCUACAUCCACUGCAGCACCUUAGGGUGCAGGAAGAGGCUCUAAACCGCAUGUCAAUCAACUGUAAAGCAAGAUUUAUUGACGUGUCAGAGUGUGGCUAUGACAAUGAAGCAAUUGUUCCUCCUACACCUGCGAGUAAAAUCCAACAAAGUGUGCCAAUCCGCAAAAGAAAGCUGACAGACAACCGCAACAAUUUUGGUUCCAUCGAGUGUGUGCUGAGAAAGACAGAAAAUUGUGACAGUGAAGAGGUUAGCGAAGGGAUUCAUGGGAGCCAGACAUGUGACUGCUCUAGAGAUCUGUUCUCUGACUCUUUCUGAGACAUUGUGUUGCAGAGUGACUUGUAAGAAAUCGUGCUCCAUUGGAGUAAUACUGCUGUUAUUUUACUCUGUGUGAAACAGAAAAAGAGGGCUCAUAUAUUAAACACUAUAGAUAGAAGAGAGAUGCUGUCUUGACCUUCAAGUUUGCACUUUGACUGAAAGUGUAAUGAAUUCUCUUCCUCCGCCUUUUUCAUCAAAUGCUUAGUCUAACUCAAUGUUUUUAAUUUUUAUGCACUGUUUAGAAAGCGCUUUUAAUUAAAUGAAAUAUAUAAACAUGUUACAUUUA